UCCCAACAAACUUCUUAUCACCACCACCACCACCACUACUACCACCACUACUCCUACUACUACUACUAGUACUACUAGGAGUACUGCUUGUACCACAGGGUCGGCAACAUCCUCACAGUCCUGCAAACUUCACCCUUUCUUUGGGAAGUCCAUUGGGGAACAAAAUGCUGAGUGGACUUUUCUUCCUGGUCCUGCUGGCGUCGCCCGCCAUGGCCGGUGAGCAAGAUGGGACGCUGCCCCGGUUGGCUGACGGCAAAGCUGCACAAGCCUUCAUCCAGUCUGCUGAGGUGGUGGUCAUCGGUUUCUUGCAGGCAGAUAACCACCAAGAGAACCUGGUUGUUGCCGAGGCCAAGAAGCUGGAAACGGACGGUCUGGUCAACUUCGUGGUGGUGAACGAGGUUCGAUACCUGACGGAGUACAGUCAAGUGACCGCUGUGGGCAUCUUCAACUCAGAGGUGAAGGCGCACCUCCUGCUCUUUGUCAACAGGAGCAGCAAAGAGCAGCAGGAGCUGAAGAAGCGGCUGGCGGCUUUGGCUCCUGAGUUCAUGGGCAAGUUCUUGUUUGUGCUCAUCAACGGAGAAGCCACGUCCAACUCCAGGUCCCUGCAGUACUUUGGACUGAGGCCCCAGGACCUGCCCCGUGUGGGCAUCUACGACAGGGACUCCGACAUGAAGUGGCUCCUGCCCCCGGGGCCCAUCUCUACUGAGCGUGUGCGAGAGUUCUGCACCUCCUUCUUGCUAGGGGAGCUGAAGGCGAUGUUCAGCGGGCCAAAUAAAAAGAUUUGGUGGGCCGGAUGUGGCUUGCGGACCGCCCGUUGGCUAAUGAUAACAUAUAUUUUAUGGUCAAUAAUGAGGACGUGCAACAAGCUGGCGCAGAGGGAAAAACGGAGCUGUGAAGCUAAUAAAAGAUGUGUGAAUGACUUUGAACUGUUGUUCAAAAUGGAAUUAAAAACAAACAAACAAAAAAAAAAGUUCUGGCGUAUUCUCUGCCGGGGGAAAACCUUGGCACAGCUGCACGUCUUGCCACGGCGUGUCCUCGUUUUGUCCCUUUUAUUCCAGCCUGCAGCGACCACGAGACAGUGGCCGCAGGGAAGGCUGGCAGCGUUGGUGUGUCUGCCCGCAGAUGUCAUGCUCUCCACCGCGACACGACCGCCAGAGGAGGAAGGCACUUGACCCGGGUCAAAGGUCAUCUCUCAUUAAUGAAGACAUCGCGUAAAUAAGAUGCUGCAUGAUUAGUCAACAUUUUAAAUAGUGUGAUCACAUAACGGCAAGUACCGGCAUUUAUUUUUCCCCUGCAUGUAAAAGGGAACUGCACUUGUAUUAUGGACAUUUGCCUAUUUCAUAAUCUUCAUGAAAGACCUAACGUCUUUUUUUAAUGCAUUCUAAAUAAUAAACUAAAUGAGGCAAUUCAAUAGUUUUAAUGUUGGAAUGGUUUGAGUGUUAGAUAGUUUAAAUUUAUUAGAAAAAUGGAAUUUGGUUUGGAAUUUGGGAAAGUGUUUGUUUGAAUGUCCGGGAUGAGUGCAAUGUGUUGAUGUUGGAAUGGUUUGAAUCGGAUUAAAAACGUGGGAAUUGUGCAACUUUGAAACAUGUCCCAUUCAUUUCAAUGGGAACUGCCUGGAAAUUUUAGGAACAGGAGGAUUUUUUUUUUUAAUGAUUAGGAGCAUGAAUGUCUUGAAUGAGCUGAAUUGGUUGGUGUUGGAAUUGUUUAAUCAGUCUAGAAAUGUUGAAGUAGUAACAGUUUUUAAAUUGAGAAAUGGUAUUACGGAAUUUCGGGAAAAGCGGGAUAUUUUCAAGUUCUUAAACCAACUUGUUUUUUGUCCUGACGAAGAGGAAUGUUUUGACGGUGGAACGCUUGAAAUGGGUUGAAAAAUGUGAAAGGAGUCUUCGCACUGAAAAAGGUUGUAAAUAAGGUUUAAAAAAAAAAAAAAUCCUGGAAAUUUGUUGAACAUGGAAAAAUGUUAGUUAGAAUUUCCAGGAUGAACUAAAAGUGUUGAAGGUGGAAUGGUUUGAAUAGGUUGAAAAAUGUGGAAAUUGUGCAACUCAGAAAAAUUUCCCAUUUAUUUCAAUGGGAAC